UCCACCGGGGAUAGAACCCGGAGCCUGAGGACUACGAAUCGGAAGCGCUGUCCACCCAGCUGUCAGGAGCCCUGACAGGAUAGGAGAAUAGGACCAAGAUGAUAGUGGGGCAAACUUAGUGAGGAAGCAGGAAAUGAGUGUGAAUAGCAAAUGGGUUAUGGAAAUAGUGGCUGGGUGGAAGCAGUUUGUAAGGAUGGAGUGCAUGUACAGUAUUUGAUUAUGGUGGACAAUUCAUGAGAUAGCACUGUAUACAGGUCUUAAAAAGCAGUUGGAUACUGCUUAGAGUGAGAGAUGAGUGCAUGUCUUUUUUUAUAUUUACAUAGUUUGAAUGAUGCAAUGAAUGGAAUAUUGUAGUGGUUUUAUUUUUUUUAUACCUAUAACCUGCUAGAACAAUACAAUAGUUUUGCAUUUUUUCUUCUGGGCUAAUGCUGCCCCCUCCUCAUAAGUCUAAAACAAGAUAAUUAAAAGUUUUGUUACUAACCAAUUACUUUGGCUUAUGAAAUUUAUAUAAUAUUCAUUUUUCAGAAAUGGGUGUACUCCCAGAAAUAGCUAAGGCUGUAGAAGAGAUGGAUUGGAUGUUGCCAACGGAUGUCCAGAAUGAGGCAGUCCCACUUAUUUUGGGAGGUGGGGAUGUGCUCAUGGCAGCUGAAACAGGCAGUGGCAAGACUGGUGCUUUCUGUCUUCCCAUCCUACAAAUUGUCUGGGAAUCACUUAAGGAUAUUCAGCUUGGCAAGACUUCAAAAGUUACUAAAGAAAUAUCUCCUCUCUGGUUGAUGAGCUUCUUUGACCGUGACGCAGGAAUGGCUGUGACACCUGAUGGCUUGCGGUGCCAGUCACAGGAUCCUAAAACAUGGCAGGGUGCCCGUUGCACCAAGGGUGUCACUGGCAAGGGAAAAUAUUACUAUGAAGCCGUUGUGUCGGAUGAAGGGUUGUGUCGUGUCGGGUGGGCAACUCCUCAGCUUCAGGAGGGCCACUGGACAUCUACCGGAAAGAGGCAUUUCUUUACAUUCAUUGCUGUUUUGUUUUUUCUCCUUUCAGAGACAUUAAGUGAGGCGGUGAAGCUGCUGAAAGGAGAGUACUGCAUUAAGGCUAUUGACACACACAAAAUGGAUCAAGCACUAAUAUUCUGCCGCACUAAGUUGGAUUGUGACAAUUUAGAGCGCUAUUUUAAUCAAAUUGGAGAAGGGGCCAAUAACAGAGGCAAUCCAUAUUCGUGUGUGUGUCUCCAUGGUGACCGCAAGCCUAAUGAACGCAAAGUGAAUCUCCAAAAAUUUAAGGAUGGUGGAGUGAAGUUCCUUAUAUGCACUGAUGUAGCUGCUCGAGGAAUUGAUGUUGGAGGACUGCCAUUUAUAGUCAAUGUUACACUGCCAGAUGAGAAGAGCAACUAUGUUCAUCAUAUUGGGCGUGUGGGUAGAGCAGAGAGAAUGGGUAUAGCUAUCUCCCUUGUUGCUGCUGUGCUAGAGAAGGUGUGGUACCAUGGAGAGUGGUGUUCAACUCGUGGGCGUAACUGUUUUAACACGCGGUUGACAACGGAAGGUGGUUGUUGCGUUUGGUACAACGAACCACAGUACCUAGCUGAUAUUGAAGAGCACUUGGGAGUGACCAUCCAGCAGGUCGAUCAAGAAAUGAAAGUUCCAGUUGAUGAAUUUGAUGGCAAAGUGAUUUAUGGUGAAAAGAGAGCCAAUGUUGAUUCAAAGGUGGUCUGGACACCCAAUUUGGUCAGACAGGUGAAGAGAGCAUUUAGGAAGGCAGGAGUGAGGGAGUAG